AUGGAAGGUGGCAUUUCACGCCCAGAUCAACUCUCUGGAGGUAAUCUAUUUGAAUAUUCUCCGGGCAUGACUUCCUUGGAGACUAGCAUUAAACGCCGCAGGCCUGGAUACGUCGACUUGUUCCGUUUGGGGGGAAAAGCAAUGGUUUCAAUUGCAGGCUCGAUACUGGUGGCACUUACCACUGUCACAGCGUUAGUGUUCCUUGUUUACAUUUGUCAGUUGUCUAGGAGAAGGCAGGCAUGGCCAUCUCCAGUUGGGCGUCGGUUGGCGGAAGGCAAUGGUCGUCAAGUCGGGGAAGACCAAUCAGAUACUUCAGAUUUUUGCAGCGUUGGGGAAAACACGGCAGAAACUUCCCCAGAAUCAUACCAUUCAGGAGUUCUUUCAGAUGAAGGGACAGAAGCAGCAGCCUUCGGUACAGAAGGCGUGAUUCCAGCGCCUGUGGGACCUUCAGCGCCGCAGGCGGUACAUGUGGAAGGAGAAGGUGAAGCGAAGAAGCGACCGGCCGAUGAUGAGGAUGGAGGAUCACCGGAUGCCAAGUGCGCGAAAGAAGAGCACUGGACGUUGCUGGAACCUCCAGAACCUUUGUCAGAAUCCAUAAAUUCAGUAAUAGACUCCAUGGUAGCUGCAGAGGAAGAUGGCUUAAGUGUGGACGAGUGGAUAGAUAUUGCCUUGGGAGGUGCACUCGAUGCUGCUACCCCAGAGGACACAUUAUGGGAAUCGCUGGAUGGUUUGCAGACCUCUCCACCUGGUAGUCCAUCCUUACCCAGCGUAGACUCCGAGACUCUUUCUGCACACACUGCUAGCAAGCCAGGAGUUUCCUCGUCGUCUUCCGUCAGUUCGCCUGUCACGCCAACUGCGGUAAGCCCCACAGCAGAGUGUCUUGCAGCCAAGUAUAGCAGUGCGCGUUUGGCGCAAGUGCAGACAUCGACAACCCCGGCCGAUUCAUCCCUCUCUGAAACGGAAGACUCUUUGCUGGAGACAGAGGGCCCUAUCUCAAGCUCGACUGAUUCUGAAUUGAGUACCGUGUCUCCCGCCUCACCUGCCGUGCCAGGUGUAGUGCACUCUUCAAUCGGGAAGCAGGCAGAAGGGGUCACAGAGCCUACUGACUCAGAUGAACAAAUGCCCACAACAUCGACAGCUGGCGUCUCUGUCACAUCAGAAGGCCCCUUGCUGCCCGGUGGUUCGCCCUCGAGUGGCAGUCUCAGCGAGCAUCCGUUUUAUUGGCUUCCGGUUGGGACCCAAGGCGGAAGUAUGAGGCUGCGAUAUAGUGAAAGACGAGGGCUUGCUGCCAUACGUGAGCAAUUCACACAAGUAUCCCAACUGCUGCAGUCAUUGGCGAGCCUCUUGAAGAGGCCCUCCUUAACAGGAAAACAAACGAAGGAUAUGCUCUUUCUUGCUGAAAAGCUCGUUGCCUAUGUAACGACUGAUAUGGCUUUGCACCAUAGACGUUGGGGGCCUGCUAAGAAAGCCGAAUUACUGGGACUCUUAUUUUUGGUCGUGGAUGCCUUAUACUGUGCUGCCGAGGUGCUGGGGGAAAGUUCUGGGAAGCAAAUUUGGUGGCCGAAGCUAAUGGAUGUAGUCGCCACUGCCAAGCAUAACGUCGGGCAAUCAUCUCUACCAGCUCAGGGGCUGUCGCAGAUCGAAGAACUUAUUCUCUUGCUGAUCUCUGCGCUUGAUACAUACAGCAAUAACCAGAGGCCUUCAGCGGAGGUGGUCGUGGCUCUAAAACGACAACUACUUUGUGAACAAGUCGUCACAGCGUUCCAAUCGGAAUCGUGGCAAUCUUGGAGAGAUGAGGAUAAAAAGUGGAAUGAAUCCUAG